AUGGGGCGUGUCGCGGCCGGGUCCGCUUUCGUCAUUUCUGUGUCCUCCACUUUCACAUCAACAUGGCUCUGGCUCCUUCCAAAGCCAACAGCAACUUUCAAGGCGAAGAAAGCAUUCCACAAACGAUGCGACCGCUUCCCACACGACUCAGAGAUGGUUUCCGUUGGUUUGCCUCCAGACCCCAGUGUCUGGAAGCGAGAAUGGGACGAAGACGAAGACGAACCGGGUUCGGUGCACCCGUCCCACUCAGAACGUCGACAGCCUCAGCCGUGCGUGAUGCACCUCGUCGCCGAGGAGUAUCCUUUGCUCGCCACGGAGGCCACCGCCACCGCGUGCGCUGCAAAAAGCUUGACCGCGACCUCGCUCGCGCCCGUCGAGAUGCACGACCGCCUGUUCGACGUCGUGUGA